UCUCUCUCUCUCCCCCUCUCUGCCCUUCCUCCCCGCUCUACUGCCCCUCUUUGCGCCUCACUCUGCCCUCCUGCCCCUCUGUUUGUCUGUCGCUCGCCCCUCCCCCUCCAAACGCGACAUGAGCAACCCCGAUGACCCCGGCCGUGGGUCGGCUCCCCAGCACGAUGGUGAUGAGUACUUCGACUCGAUCGAGUCGCCGGCCCCUGCUGCUGCUGCUGCUGCUGUCACUGAGGAUCUACCCAAUGACCAGCCGCCCCCGUACGAUCCUGCCGCGGAGGCGGCCCGGUGGAGUGGAGCUCGGCAUUCCCGCCGGGGCUAUGGCCCCACCCAUUUUGGCCGCAUGCACCAUCAUGCCCACGGUCCCAGCCGUGGACAUGGCCAUGGGCACGGCCAUCAACGUGGACAUGAUCAUGGCCAGGAUCAUACCCAGGGACACGACCAUGGCCACAGGCAAGACCAUGGGCGCGGCCGCGGCCACGGACACAACCACGGACACGGGCACAGCCACGGGCACAGCCACGGGCACGGACAUGGGCACGGACACGGACACGGACACGACCAGUCGCUUGGGCCUAUGCAUGGUCACCACCACCAUCCCCGAGGACGGCAUGGCCGCGGUCGCGGCCACUAUCGCCAGGGACCCACCGCGCCCGAUGCUGAGCUUCCGGUUUAUCAUGACAAUGGACAUAACCACGGCCACAGCCACGGCCACAACCAUGGACACAACCAUGGACACAGCCAUGGGCACAGUCACGGACACAGCCAUGGGCACAGUCACGGACACGACGCCGAGGACCGGUCCUCGGCCAAGCUGCGCGAACUCCUGGCCGCCAAUGACCAUGACGCGACGCGAGUGGGCUCGCGGCCUCCUCCAGGGCAGCCGGACUCGGAUGGUUCCUCUUCGGACGAGGAGGGACCCUCCCGGCGCUCUGGCCCCCCGGCUGGCGGUGGCCAUAGUGACGCCAGCGAUUCCGGUGGCUCGGACGACUCCGGCGACUCGGACUGCACCAGUGACGAGGAGGGCGAGCUCUUCGAGGGGAAGCGCUUCCUGGAUGUCCUGUCCGCCUUCGAGGCAUAUCGGCUCAAUGGAGAGCAUCGCCUUGCGGGGUUCCUGUCCAACAUCCAGCGGCUUCCGGCCUCGUCUCGUGCCCUCCUGACCCCGGUGAUGUCCAAGCUGGCCUCGGUGCGGGCAUGUGUCGUGGGCAACCAGUACUUCAUUGACAAGGUCAUCUCGCCGCAUUUGGCCAAGUUUUUCUCCGAUGAGCCGGAGGCCGAGGAGGACCACCGCGAGCGAUUGAUCUCGACGAAGCUCUCGCAGCAUGACAGCGUCAAGAGUGUCCUCGGCCAGCUGGUUCGGGACUGGUCGUCUGAGGGCGCCGAGGAGCGGCGUGUCUGCUACGACCCCCUGUUGGAGGGGCUGGCCAAGUACCUUCCAUCCGACCAACGUGAAACCCGCCCCCCGCGUGUGCUGGUUCCCGGGGCCGGUCUCGGGCGUCUGGCCUUCGAGAUCGCGCGGCGUGGCUACGAGUGCGAGGGGAACGAGUUCUCGCACUACAUGCUCCUGGUGUCGGAGUUCAUCCUGAAUGGUGGCGCCGUUCCGAAUGCCUACCAGAUUUUCCCCUUCUGCCUGCAAUUCUCCAACAGCUGGGACGCCAGCGACCAGACGCGGCCGGUGACCGUGCCAGACGUGGCCCCGGCGCUGCCGCCCGGGAGCCGAUUCUCCAUGUCGGCCGGGGACUUCCUGGAUGUUUAUGCAGUCAGUGGGGCCAACGACGGGGCGACCAACCACCGUGGCCAGUGGGACGCGGUGGUGACGGCCUUUUUCAUCGACACUGCGCACGACAUUGUGGCCUAUCUCCAGCGCAUUUGGGAUCUCCUCCCGCCGGGUGGGGUGUGGCUGAACAAUGGGCCGCUGCUGUUCCACUUUGAAAACACCCCGGGCGAGCUGAGCAUCGAGCUCACCUGGGCCGAGGUCCGCCAGGUGGCCGAGUCCAUCGGCUUCGAGGUGAAGGAGUUCCGCCAGAUCGACAAUGUGCCGUAUGCGUCCAACGCCAAGUCCAUGCUCAGGUACCAAUACCAGUGCGCCUUCAUGGUGGCCGUCAAGCCGGAGUAAAGGGGGGGGGGG